GUCACAUAAAACCAUCGCACCUCCCGUUACUCCCUCUCUGCCCUUCACGGUGAACGGAGCUCCUUCUCCUUCGACGCCAUCUUCGUAUCUCCGCGGUCUCUUCGUGUUUAAUUAAACAUGGCGCAGGUCAACGCGUGCCUCAAACUCAUCUUCACCAUCUUCAACAUCUUCUUCGCGAUCGUGGGCGGCGUCAUCAUCGCGCUCGCUCUGCUGUCACAGGUCGUCACGAACGUUGAUGGAGGCGAAGGCCUGGAGGGUCGAACCGUCGGCCUCAUCGUCCUCUACGCCGUGGGCGCCAUCACCAUGGUGAUCGCCAUCCUGGGAGCCUUCGGCGCCCACAGGGAGAACCGGGCCUGUCUGAUCGUGUUCCUGGUGUGUAUGGUCAUCGGCAGUCUGAUGAUGCUCCGAGCUGGAGUCCCCGCCGUCGCCGCCCACCCCAAGUUGGAGAGAGUUUUGGAAGAGAAGUUUCGUGCGCUUCUCCCUCUCGACAAAGCUUCAUACGAUGUGAAGAGCAUGGCCGACAGCCUCCAGAGACAGCUGCACUGCUGCGGUCUGUUCAGCUACCUGGACUGGGAGGACAACAUCCCCACCACGUGUGAGUGCGACCCGGACAAGAUGGAGGGAAAGUGUCAAUCCGUCAUCUACCAGGGCAUCCUGAUGCCGAGGAAGUCCGUCUACAUCAAGACCUGCUUCCCCGUCAUCCUCCACUACGUCCUGCUGCUGUCCAACGUCAUGAUCGGAGUCGCCUUCACGCUGGCCGCCCUGGCGCUGAUCGGCAUGGCGCUGUCCUCCGCCAUCAUCCACCAGAUGCGUAACCACAACCGGCCCACCGUCCUGAUGACGGUGCCGGCCAUCUUCACCACGCCUCCUCCCAAAUACCAGGAGCUGCACAACCCCCCCGGCUACUAGAGGGGGGCGUUGCUUCCUGUUCAGGGGGGGGGGGGGGGGGGGCGCUUCCUGUUCAGGGCGGGGGGUCGCCUCUCAAAGUGCCUUUCGGACGGGAACUGUUACUCCUCUGGGUUCCAUCUUGAAUUAGGCUAGAGUGCAUUUGAUUGGUCGGUGCAUUCUGGGGGGCGGGGCUUAUUGAUGUUGAUUUAAUUCAUGAGAUUUUUGGUUACAUUUUCUUCUGGAGAAUUUUAAAUCGACUAUCAAGAAAACUUUUUUGUUGAUUUUUUUCAAUGAUAAUAAAAUCAAGAUCCCAAUAAUUUGAGGUCAGAUUAAAGAAGAUAAAACUAACUCCAGAAAGUGUGAUUUGAAAUUAAAAUGUUUUUGAGAACCGUUUUUUUUCGGCUGUAGUUUCCUAAAGGACAAGAUGCAAAAAAACUAUUUUUAAAUAACUUAAUAAAUAUUUUCUUGUUUAUGUAAAUGUUCAAUCUGCUGAGGCACUGAAAUAAACCUGCUGCAUUUUGAAGCUUAA